AUGCAUAGAAACAUAUACCCACAGGCCCACAAAUUGGUGCUAGGAGCUUGUAGCGAAUGUCUACACCGUCAGUUUCUCGAGUGCGACCGCGGAGGAACGCCCUCGAAUCAGCUGCCCGCCCAGCAACAGCAGCAGAUUGCAGAAAUAUCUGAGAAUGAUUACACAAGCAACAAAUAUGGCAGAUCCUGUCAAAUAUGCUGUCAGGUGAACGAUGGCCUGCAGGAAUCGACUGAAGCUCAAUUCUCCAACCAACAGUCAAUGGAUGAAUCAAUUUAUCAAUCUGGAGUGGCGUUAAUUAACCAGCAGCCGACGACGAACUGCACAAAUUUCUUCCCCGCUCAAUCCAUCAUGGAGGUCCCACCCGAUGAAACGGUCUACUCCGAUGUCUCACAACUUCCUCUGAAGCCUGCUGUCUUCAAGUGCAUUGGCAGCGAGUCCAAUCCUUCGCACUGGAACAUAGGACAAAACACCGGCUACAUGUCUCAGCAACUGCUGCAGCAACAACAACAGCAACAACAACCAUGUUGUACGGAGAAAGGUGGAUGUACACAAAUGCUGCAAGAGUUGUUGAACUACAACAGAGCCUGCAGGGAGAUGAAGUCGAAAGAGCUCGAGGAGAUGCAAAUGGACUGCCAGCGACAGAAUGCCUUGCACUGUGGAGUCCCUGUUAUGAACGCCAACAUGUACAACACACUGCAGUUUAGCACGCACCCGCACAACCCUGCCAACAACAAAAAAUUCUUUGACAACAUCACCGAGAAAAUUGAUAAACAAAAAACGUCUUUGGAACAGCAGAAAAAAUUGAACGACUACGUGAAAUGUAAGGAGCAGCAGUUGCUCAAGCAGAAAGUCUCCAACAACUCCCAGCAGAGGCGUCAGAGUGCCGACAACAAGUCAAGCCAAUCGUCCUGUGGGCAAAGACAAUCGCAGACGCAGCGGAUAAGUUUGGAAACUUCUCAGCGGAUGGCGUCGCUGAGAAAGUCGAGCGGAGCACAAAACAAGUCGAACAACGUUGGCAACACCACACAAAACCGCCCAUUACUUCAGAAUAAUUCCAACGCUGAUUCAAUCAGCCUGCUGCAAAAGUUUCCAUCCAAGCAGUGCUCCCGAAAAAUAUCAAUUUCAUCAUCUGCCCAGUUCUCACAGCACAACAACAACACCAAAUGCCAAUUAUCUCCGAACGCCGCUGCUCAGCUCUCAAAACACAAACAAGCCUACUACGACAGCCUCAAAAAUCAGCGAAAAAGCGAAACAUCUCAGGUGAAAUGUUUCGCUUUGAGGGCGCCAGAGAAAAAGGGUGAAGAUAAGUACCGGGACAUCAAAGACAGGGUGGACCACAUUCGCAUGCUCAUUAGGCAGCGCAAGAAUGAGGAGCAGAACGGCAGAUGCAUAGAUAGACCAACGCCAGUCAUGAACUGCUCUACUAACAACGCCAAUCUUGGACGUCUGAAGAUAGAGGAUGACGAUGACUACCCGUACAACAGUAACUUCUGCUGCAGCAACGGUCACCACAGAAACAACAACGAUGAUAAUUGCAGCAGCAACAACAACAACAACAACUUGUCCCAGGAGAUUGCUGAUCGCAACAGCGCGUUUGAUUACAAUAAGUACAGUUUCUACUACCACCACCAACGUUAUCAUUCAAAGAGUUGCAACAAAAGCGAGAACAUCAGUACAAGCAACGACGACAACAACAACAACAGCGACGACAACGAAGAUGAAAUGAACGAGAACAAUGACAACAACCAAAAGUUCAGGAGCGACACCGACAAGGCCUUUGCGACAACAAUCACAACCUUCAACAAAAGCAUCGCUGCUCUCAACAGCCACUCGCCACAACCUUACCCCUACCAGCAGCAUCAACAGCGACCACAACUACCACGGAAACAAAUAUCGGCAACAUCCGUCCUGAAACACAACUACAACAACAACAGCAAGUGCAACAACUGCCGCUGUUGUAGACUCAACAGCGGCAACCGUUCGGACAAAAAUUUCUGCUACAGCAACAACAAAGAUGAAGAAGAUGCUUGUUGCUGCAACAAGAACAGUGAGACAUCUCCAGACAAAAAAACUGCUGGAGGGAACGUGGUAUACGUUCAGAUGAUGGCCUAUGAUAGUGAAAUAGUGAUGGCCUUUUUGAAAUAUGCCUAUACUGGGGAUUCAAAUUCCAUUAAUACGGAGAACAUCGCUUGCUUGCUGUCUAUUUCGCUGGAGAUACAGGUACCUCUGUUGCACAAGGCUUGCAUUCGACACAUCGUAACAACUCUGAAACCGGACAAUGCCUGCAGCUUUUUAACGCUGGUCAAUAAUUACGAGAUGAAGAAUGUAAGGAAGGUCAUUCUCUGCUUCAUGCUGGAAAAUAUUAUCGAAGUGAUGCAGUCAUGUGACUUCCUGAAACUUCCGUACAUGUGGGUUAAGAUCAUACUGGGCAGCCAGGAAUGCAGGGACAUGUCCACUAGCGAUCCCGCUGCAGCCAAUCCCACUCAAAUCGAGUUAAUAAUAUUUCACGCUCUGGUUCGCUGGAUAGAUUGCGAUAGGCAGGAGCGGUCGAAAUAUGCCGCCUGCUUGAUGGGCGAGGUGGUCCAUCUCGAAGUCCUGUCAGUCCAACAACUCAUCGAAGUUGUCGAAUCUGUCUCCUGGCUCUUCCAGAUUCCAGGCGUUCGCGACAUGCUGACGUCCAUUUAUAAAGCAAAACUGGUGAUUCACAAGCAGAAGCAAGGAUUCAGCAUCCUGUCCGCCAAGCACAACGUCUGUAAAACAAAGCAGCAAACCCAGCAGAUGAUCUACCAACAACAACUCGCUCAACUGCAGGGCAUCAACUGCACAAAACUGCAACAGCCACAGCCGCAGGAACCGUCAAGUUUCUCCAGUCAAAUACAACCUCAACAACCUCAGCAGACGUCGGUUUAUUCCCAGAAACUAUCAGUGUUUUCUCAACCGGCCGCUCAACCAGUUGCUGCAACACAGCAACCGUCGCAAUAUACGCAGCAGACUCAACAGGCGUCUGAGUACAGUCAUGGACAGCCUAGCCAAGUCUUGCAGCCAGCAUCUUACUUCUCGCAGCAGCAAGCAUCGCAAGACAGUGAAUUAACUUAUCAAAAUAAUCAACCAUCUCAACACACGCAACAAAAUUCUCAUUACUCGCGUCAAUCAAUGCAACAAGUCUCUCAACAUACGCAGCAAUCAGGAGGCUUAGCGAAAAUUUCACAACAUCAGUCUCAGCAGCAGCCGAUUCUACAGACUCGGCCAUCGUCGCAAAAUGCCUUGCAGCAGUCCCAACAUACUAUCCAACAAUCGCAAUUCUCAAACUUGCCGUCGAGAUACUCAUCUCAACACACUCAACAGCCAACUCAACACACUCAAUCCUCUUCUCAACAUACCCAAGCCGCCUCUCAACACACCCAAGCCGCCUCUCAACACACCCAAGCCGCCUCUCAACACACCCAAGCCGCCUCUCAACACACCCAAGCCGCCUCUCAACACACACAGCAACCAUCGCAGUACUCCCACCAGCCAUCUCAAGUUUCUCAGCAGCAGCAAGCAUCUCAACCCUCACUCCCUUCCUGUCAGCUACGGUCAUGUUACGCACAAAAAUCGUGCCAACCACAACAACAACAACAGUACGAGCAGCCCCAGCAAUACUGCCAACAAUGUCCUCAAACUUGCCAACGCUGUCCUCAAACUUGCCAGCCAUAUUUUAAAACUUCCCAAAAUCAGCAGCCACCAGCUCGCACUAGCAAGCAGCUGCAACAGCAGCAGCAGCAACAAGACUCUGGUAGCAGGAGACUAUCUUCCAAAUCGAAACAACAAUCCUCUUGCCAACAGCAACAACAAGUCAACGAGGCAUACGAACCUAAUCCCUUACCGACAUGUCCCCUCUACCAACAACAACAGCAGCAGCAGCGGUCUCAAUACAGAACCAGUCAGCAGAUGGAUCCGUACAAGCCUGGAGGAAAUGUUAUGCGCAACGAUUACGUCAAUCCCAUGGCUACAUACCCGAUGAUCUACAACAAUAUGCCACCACCGAUGAUGCCCAACACCAUACCGCCCAACAACUUCUGCUGA